UAUCUAAAAUGUAUCCGAUAUUUGCAUUCGUGACAUGCAAUUAUAUUUUUCAUUUCAACGCAAAAGUGCCGUACAACUAAUGUAUCGCGUGACGCUGGAGUCCCGGGCAGAUAGAGUUGUGCGGGAAAUGUGUCAGCCAAUCACAGAAAGGCGUUGGCACAGAGAUUUUUGCGUGAACCGUAUAUAAACGCGCUGGAUUGGGUGCCUAACAGUCAACUGCUGAUCGCAGCAAUCAUGCCUGAACCAGCAAAGUCAGCGCCCAAGAAGGGCUCAAAGAAAGCCGUCACCAAGGCGGCCGGCAAGGGAAAAGGAAAGAGGAGAAAGACAAGGAAGGAGAGUUAUGCCAUCUAUGUCUACAAGGUCCUGAAGCAGGUGCACCCUGACACCGGGAUUUCUUCCAAGGCCAUGAGCAUCAUGAACUCCUUCGUCAAUGACAUCUUUGAGCGCAUCGCUUCUGAGGCGUCUCGCCUGGCUCACUACAACAAGAGAUCCACCAUCUCCUCCAGAGAGAUCCAGACCGCUGUGCGCCUCCUGCUACCCGGUGAGCUGGCCAAGCAUGCUGUGUCAGAGGGCACCAAGGCUGUGACUAAGUACACCAGCUCCAAGUAACUUUGUAUGAUUAUAUCAACCCCCAACGGCUCUUUUAAGAGCCACCCACCUUCACUUGAGAGUCGGGACACUGAAUACUUCAUAACUCGUGGAAAUACAUUGCGCUAGAAAUAUUAUAAUAUUAAUUUAACAAAUUAUAAUUGGUGUAAAUUUCCAUCCAAUU